AUGGCUUCCAAAACCACCAUGAAAGCCGCCACAAUCAACCUCGGCUACGGCAUUUCUUCGCGCGAGGCAGCUAUCGAUGCUGUCUACCGUUUCACGCAAGGCCUCGACAAUUCCGACGAAGCCCUCAUUCGUUCUGCAUUCACGACAGACGCCGUCAUUGACCGCUCUGGGCUCAAAUCGGUCAUCGGUUUCGAAUUCCCAGGGCUCGAAGGGUUGGAAAGCAUUGUAAGCGACGUUUUAUCCACCAUCGGCCCGAUGGACACUGGACACCACGUUAGCAACGCUCGAGUGGAAAUGAGCGAAAAUGAAGAAGAAGCACAGGUGACCUGUUACGUGCUUGCGCAGCACUAUAGACCUGGCGAGGGCUGUGAUCCAGCCAAAAAGAUCCACUUGCUUAUAGGAAAUCAUUACAAGGCCAAUGUCGUUCGCGACCAGAAGGACGAAUUAUGGAAGAUCAAGAGAAUGGAAUUCAGUAGCCUUUGGAGUGACGGAGAUUUGAGUGUCUUGGGGAUGUGA